CAGACACAAUAAACUUCUUCAUCUACAGACUGACAUCUAUCCCAACACAGAUCAUAGAAAUUGUGAAAUGUCACCUGUUUCAGACUCCACCAACACGGUUGUUCCAGGGACCCAGGAGCCAGAGGAGAAGAUAUACCAUCCACCUGACGGCCUGUUCACAGAUGCACACAUGCCAGACUUCAGUGCGUAUCUUGCACUAUACAAGAAGUCUACAGAACAGCCUGAAGAGUUCUGGGGGGAUGUUGCUCAAGAGUUUUACUGGAAGAAGCCCCCGUCAGGGCAGAUGAUGCAGUAUAACUUUGAUGUCACCAAAGGGGACAUUUACAUCAAGUUCAUGGAGGGAGCAAAAACCAACAUUUGCUACAAUGUCCUUGACCGGAAUGUGCAUGAGAGGAACCUGGGAGAGAAAGUGGCUUACUACUGGGAGGGAAACUCCCCUGAUCAUCACCUGACCAUCACCUACAACCAGCUGUUGAGAAACGUGUGCCGAUGUGCCAAUACAUUAAAGCUGUUGGGUGUGAAGAAGGGGGACAGAGUCGCCAUCUACCUACCCAUGAUUCCAGAGCUGGUGUACACAAUGCUGGCCUGCGCUAGAAUCGGGGCUGUUCACUCUAUAGUGUUUGCCGGUUUCUCGUCUGAGUCUCUGUGUGAGAGGAUCAUGGAUGCUCAGUGCAACAUCCUGGUAACAGCAGAUGGUGUUUACAGAGGUGACAAGCUGAUCAAUCUGAAGAAGGUUGCGUCUGAAGCUCUGCAGCGCUGUAAGGAGAGCAUGGCCUUGUCUGUUCAGAAGUGUGUGGUGGUCAGACAUCAUGCCUUCAUAACAAACAAUGAUGCUUCCAACAAACUACAGACCCCGUGGGAUGAAUCAUGUGACAUUUGGUGGGAUGAUCUGAUGGACGGUGUGUCAGACGAGUGUGAACCGGAGUGGAUGGACUCCGAAGAUCCUCUCUUCAUACUUUACACCAGCGGCUCGACCGGAAAACCCAAGGGGGUCGUCCACACCAUCACCGGCUAUAUGCUCUACACAUCACUGACCUUCAAAUAUGUUUUCGAUUAUCACCAUGACGACGUUUACUGGUGCACUGCAGACAUUGGCUGGAUAACAGGCCACUCCUACAUCACGUACGGCCCAUUAGCCAAUGGCGCGACCAGCGUGCUCUUUGAAGGUGUCCCGGUUUACCCUCAUGUGGGCCGACUGUGGGAGAUCAUUGAGAAGUACGGAGUCUCCAAGUUCUACACUGCGCCCACUGCUAUAAGACUACUGAUGAAAUACGGCAGAGAACCACUGCAGCGGUUUGACCUGUCCAGCUUGCGUGUGUUGGGUACGGUCGGUGAGCCCAUAAACCCGGAGGCUUGGCUUUGGUAUUAUGAAGUUGUGGGUCAGCAGCGCUGUCCGGUUAUCGACACCUUCUGGCAAACAGAGACGGGUGGCCAUGUUUUGACCCCUCUUCCAGCUGCUACACCACUGAAGCCUGGGUCUGCUACAUGCCCAUUUUUUGGAGUCCAGCCUGCCAUUCUCAAUGAACACGGAGAAGAAUUAGAAGGGGAGGCGGAGGGAUACCUGGUUUUCCGGAAGCCCUGGCCGGGAAUCAUGAGGGGUGUGUAUGGGAAUCAGGAGCGCUUCGAGAGCACCUACUUCCAAAAAUUCCCAGGAUUCUAUGUGACAGGAGAUGGCUGCAGGCGGGACAAGGACGGAUAUUACUGGAUCACCGGCCGGAUCGACGACAUGCUGAAUGUCUCUGGUCAUUUGUUGAGCACAGCUGAAGUAGAGGCGGCUCUGUCUGAACACCCAUCGGUCGCUGAAGCUGCAGUCGUCAGUCGUCCUCAUGCAGUGAAGGGAGAGUGUCUGUACUGCUUCAUCACGCUGAAAGAGCAGAAAGAGUUCAACCGUGCGCUGAUGGAGGAGCUAAAGAGGAAAGUGAGGGAGAAGAUCGGACCAAUAGCCACCCCAGAUUUCAUCCAGAAUGCUCCAGGGCUUCCCAAAACACGUUCAGGUAAGAUAAUGCGGAGAGUUCUGCGACAGAUCGCACGCAACGAAAAAGACCUGGGUGACCUCUCAACCCUGGCCGACCCCAAGGUCGUGGAGGUGCUGUUCAGCCAAAGAUGUGAGGCGGCGGCGUGAGCGCAGCUCUUUUCCAUGCUGGGACACCGCAUUCGCCCUGUGUGCAUUAAAGACUUUGGGUUUGGGCUCAGAAAGGGCACUGGUUCUCCUAAAUCUGAUCUGAAGGGUGUAACUCUGCCCAGAAUUAAGGUAAAACAAACAAACAAAAUAAAGUGUUGUCACGAAAGCUCACCUCAGGACACUAAACUUCCCAAAGUUAUUAUAAUACAGUCAUAUUUAACAGGAUGUAAAUCUUUUUUUUUCUUUUGUGAUGUUUUACCGUGCCAUAUUUGCCCCAUCCUGUUUUGUUUUUUUUGGGGGGGAUUUAAUUAAUACAUAAUUGAAGUAUUACUCUCACUAAAACCAGUUUUGUAUUAGACAAGUGGAAUGUAAAAACACUUCAUUAUUUCAUUUCUCAAAGGAAAUCAGCAAUUCAGAAAGUUUAGUUUAGUUUAAUUUUAGUUACUUUGACUGCAGCCAGUUUGUUUUGUGUUUUUGAGAUUUUUCUAAUUUAAUUUAAUUUAAUAUGAAACAAAUGUGUGCAAUACAAGAGACAUGUUUAAGAGAUGUGUAAGAUCUUACCAACCAGUUGCUAACAGUAAUAAGUAGUUUAACAGUAAUAAUUGCACAUAUUGUUCUGUUUAUGUUUUUAUGAAAUAAAGCAUAUCUGAUAAGG